AUGCCUCGCAGCCAGACUCAGAAGCAGGGUCCGAAAGACCGCUCAUCGCAGAAAGCAGCGCCGAAGCGGAAAAGUACUCGGUCGCUGAAUGCACUGUCUAUUGCAGAGAAAACAAUUCACACUAAAUUGGGUGUUAAACGCAGUCGUCUUGGAGCCUACGAUGAUGGUAGCUUCAAGGGCAAGAGAAACACCGGCGAUGACGACGAAAACGAGGAGGAUACCGCAGCCCACUACAAACGCCGCAGAACCGAGGACACCGGAAGCCUUGAUGGUGGCAGCGACAGUGAGGGACACGAAUGGACACUCGGACAAGUGAACAGCGAUAACGACAGUGAAUUGGACAGCGACGAAGCUCUUGGUGAGAGCGACGAAGAGCGAUUCGAGGGCUUCACGUUCCGCGCAUCCAAGUCCAAAUCUCAGCCCAAAAACUUGUCUGAGGAUGUUGACGAGUCGGACGAAGAAUCUGAAGGUGAAGACUAUGACGAGGACGAUGACCUGGGAGAAGACGCUGUUGACCUUGCCACCGCCUGGGAUAUGAAUGUAGCGGCUGAGGAGGAGGAGGCCCGUGAAGGAGCUGCGAAAUCCAAGCGGGCUGCGAGAUAUGAUAGCGACGAGGAUUCCGGGUCAGAGGGGGACAGUGAAAGCGAUGCCAGUGACGACGGACUUUCUAUCUCGGACGACGACGCGGAAGCAGAUCCUCAAGGACUUUCCAAACUACAAGACUUUGUUCAGUCUAUGGAAACUGAAAAAUCUACGAAACGUACCCAAAAGUCACAAGAACAAGGCAAGCACUCGGAAUACGGAUUAACAUCUGCCAACAAAUUGACUGUCGCCGAUCUCCUACCCUCAAUCACGGACUCUCGCCUCAAGAACUCGCUCAAACAUAUCGACUCUGUUGUUCAAGCAUCAAAAUCGGGCAUUCCGGGAAAGCUAGAUGCCCCUCUGGCAAAACGCCAACAGGAUCGACUUGACCGGGCUGCCGCCUACGAGAAAAGCAAGGAGACUUUGAAUCGAUGGCUGGAAACCGUCAAAGCCAACCGCAGAGCUGAACACCUUUCCUUCCCGCUACGCGACCCUGAUGCUGAACAGACUCAUCGUUUGGAAUCUGCCAAGCCGCAGACUGAUCUCGAAAACGUCAUCCAGAACAUCCUGGUGGAGAGUGGGCUGGCGGAGGCUGAAGGAAAAACAGCCGAGGACCAGAUCCAGAGUUUCGAAGAAUUACAAUCCCGCAAUAUUCCUAUUGAGGAGAUCCAGGCCCGUCGCGCCGAACUCCGCAAGCGACGUGACCUACUUUUCCGAGAGGAAGUGCGCGCGAAGCGCAUCAAGAAAAUCAAAAGCAAGUCUUAUCGCCGUGUUCACCGGAAAGAGCGCGAGAAGAUGGAGAAGCAGGAGCAUGAUGCGCUCAUGGAAGCGGGCGUGGAUAUGGAUGACAUGGACCAGGAGAAGAACGAGCGUUUGAGAGCCGAAGCUCGCAUGGGUUCCAAGCAUCGUGAAAGCAAAUGGGCCAAGGGCCUGAAACAGACUGGUCGCACUGCCUGGGACGAAGAGGCCCGCAACAGUGCAGCCGACUUGGCUCAAAGAGAGGAGGAGCUUCGGAAGAGAAUCGAAGGCAAGCGUGUUUCUAAUGGAGAUGAUGACUACUUAGGCUCUUCCAGCUCCGAAUCAGAAGAUGAGGACCCUUGGAACGAGGAGGGCUCCGAUGUGGAAAGACAGAAGAUCCAGAAGAAGCUCAAUGCCCUCGAGAGUGGCAAUGAUGCUGGUGCUGUGAAGGGACGCCAUGCCGAUCUUUUCGAGAUGAAAUUCAUGAAAAACGCCGACGCCGCCCGCAAGGAACAGAAUGAUGCGGAGCUUCGCCAACUCAACCGUGAACUCCACGGAGAGGAUUCUAUGUCUGAGGCAGAGUCGGAGGUCGGUCGACGAAAGUUCGGUCAAUCAAAGAAGACCGACGCCAAGUCUCACGCAAAGCAAUUGCCCAAGAAUGAGUUCGAGGAGAAGCUAGAUUCCGAUGAUGAAGACGCGCAGGCAGUAGGAUCAGGCGAUGAUGUUGACAUUGUUGUCAACGCUUCUACCAAGCACAAGUCAGGAGCUUCUGGCAACAAAAAGGUUUCACAAACUUCACGUGACUCUCCCGAUCUUGACAAGGAUAUCGCAGAGGAGGAGAACCCUUGGUUGAUUCAGACCGAACGGACUAAUCGUCGCCGAACUGCGCCCGAUGCCCAAGAGAGCAUUGAUAUCUCACUUGAUGCUGUCCAGCCCGAAGUUGUUCCGGCGAAGCAACAGAGCAAGAAGCAAAAGAAUGCCAAGGCAACCGCCGCCAAACGGCAAUUCGAGGAGGACGACAGCGAUGAUGAAGAGAAGGUGCCCGUCUUGCUGAAGAACCACGACCUCGUGAAGAGAGCCUUUGCCGGCGAUGAAGUUGUCCAAGAAUUUGAGCAGGAGAAGAUGGACACCAUCGAAGACGAAGGUGACAAGGUUGUGGACAACACACUCGAAGGCUGGGGCAGCUGGGCCGGCGAAGGUGUCAGCAAGAGACAGAAAAAGAAGCAAAAGCGAGACCUGACUACUGUAGCGGGUGUGAAGCCUGGGCAACGCAAGGAUGCAAAGCUUGAUCGGGUCAUUAUCAACCAGAAGCGAGUCCAGAAGAACAAGAAGUACAUGGCAAGCCAGUUGCCGCAUGAGUUUGAGACCAAACAGCAGUACGAGCGAUCUCUGCGGUUGCCCCUGGGUCCCGAGUGGUCUACAAAAGAAAGCUUCCAGAGUGGCACCAAGCCUCGUGUCAUGAUCAAGCAGGGCAUCAUCAAGCCCAUGUCGAAGCCUAUGCAAUAA